AACCAGAGGUUCACUAGCUCUCUAGUAUUGACCUAUAUUCGUGACCUAGUGACGAAAAAUUUUUUAAUUUUAUUUUGCUGUACACACUCAAUAAUUAUUUGUGAAUAGGGAUUUCCAUUCAACGGCAGUCUUACUCUGAAAGUUUACCAUAAAGUGUCUCGUUUCUUGUGCUCCAAUAAAUAGAUGUGUACUAUUUAUUGCGUCUGUUCUAUAUCCAUAUUCAUUUAAUAUUAUUAUCAAUAUCUAUGACUUGGCAAAGUAAACUGCGCAACUACAGGAUUUAACGACUUGUCAGGAGUGCGCUCGCGCAUCUUGGAUUUCCCGGGGAAUCGGAACUUUCCGGGCUACAAAACGGCUUUUUCAUCAUCAUUCGCCAUAACGCAACCUUCCUGCCUGGGUGUCCAACAGUAACGGCAACAGUUUUACAGAAAGUAACGUCAAGUAAACAUGAGCGUCGAGGAUGUUAUCAAUUAUAAGCGGAGCGACGAUGAAGAUUUUUACGCCCUUCUUGGGUGUGACGAGUCUGCGACGGUCGAACAAAUAACAGCUGAGUAUAAAGUACUUGCACUUCAGUACCAUCCAGAUAAAAACGAGGGCAACAAGGAAGCUGAGGAAAAGUUUCAGCAGCUCAAGAAUGCCAAAGAGAUACUUUGCGACCAAGAGAAAAGAAGCAACUACGAUAAAUGGCGACACAGCGGAGUCCAGGUCAGCUAUAAGCAGUGGGUUGGGAUGAAAGAGCAUGUCCACCAGUCGAUGCACUGGAGCACACCAAAGACGAAAGAUCGAAUGCUGCCCGACGGAAGCGGCGCCGGCGGAUCUCCAGGACACGUAAGAGGACAGCCAGCAAACGCACACAGACGGGCCUCCGAAGGGGGUGCUAAUAUUCAUUAUGGGGCUCGUCGCGAUCUCAACUGGGACUCCCAAGCCUCCAGCGAAGUCGUUAACAAGUUCCGUAACUACGAGAUUUAAAGAGGUAGCGGCUAAAACUACAGCAACAACAACAACAGCAACUACAAACAAGACAACAACUGUAACUAUACACGAGGGAGUAACAAGUAAAGGCGAGCGAUUUAAUUGUUUCCCACAUCAGACCUAAACAUCGUGAUAUAUUGAUAUAUACAUACAUUAUUGAUAAAAUUUAUUGAUGACUAAAAUACUGAUGACAACUCUUAUAUUCAUUAAGAUGAUUGACGUAAUUGUUCUAAAGCCGUUUACGAUGUUCUGGACCAUCGUUACUUAUUUAAAUUAAUUAAUAUAUUAUUAACCUUAAGGUUUUACACAAUCGCCUUGUGCACAUACACAUGGACUUUAUAGAAAACAAAUAACAUUUAUUUAAAAAUAAAUUUUAUUAGUGCUGCAAUUUUUAACAAUCAAGUGAAAAAAUCGGUUCUUAAAUGGGUACAAAUUUAUAUUUUUUGAGUAAUUUAUAAAUUUUGUGGAAUUAAUUCCGUGAAAUGUGAAGGCGUUACGGAAAAGUAAAAGCGCGCGUUAUUUAAAUUUGUUUUUUUUUUUUUACUAAAAUCAGAUAUAACUUGGAAAAAUUCUCUUAAACUAAGCGAUUAUUAAAAAAGUCUACCUUAAUUUCUGGAAAUUACUGUUUAAAUUGAGUAAAGAAAUUUUCUAUGUAUUAUUCAAACUCUCAUGCUCUCUUAAAAUGAAUCAGUGGAAUUUCACUGUUUCACAGCUAUAAGUAUACCAAGUGGUAUACUUAUAACUGUGAAAUAGUGAAUAUACCACUAAUUUCCAGUGAUUUUCACUGUUUCAGAUUUAGAGAGUGACUUUUGUGAAGUGUGACAAGGCGUUUCAAAAAAGUAAAAGCGCGCACUGUUUGAAUUUUCUCUGCACUGAAAUUAGAUGUAACUUCAAAGUUUUUUUAAGUAUUAUUAAAAAUUUUGACCUUAAAAUUUAUUUAAUGAUUAUAAGUAUAUUAUUCAUAAUAAUUUUUCUAAAUUCGAUCGAUUGAUUGAAGCACUUAAUACUUGCUAUCGAUUUUUUAAUUAAUUGAUUGUUUUUUGUAACACUAAAAAACAUACAAAAACAAUAUGACAGUGAAAGUGUUAGGCGUACAAUUUUAAAAUAUGUCAAUAGAAAAAAAUUGAGAAAUUGAAUAUCGAAGUAUUUUUGAAUCUUUGUGUAUAUUUUUGAAAUUUUUAUUUUCAAUAUAAAAUAUACAUUAAACUAUUUAGUUGAGAAAUUGCUAUAAAAUAUUAUUGAACGUCUGUUACUUUCAGUAUCAUAUAAAAACACAAUAAAAUCAAUUAUAUAUAUAAAUAAAUAAGAAAAUAAAUGAAAAAAUAAAUAAGCGUAAAUUCUCGGGUAAAGUAAUCAGGUCCUUUGAUAGAUCCCCGGCGGAGUUCAAAGGAUCAAUAAAAUGAAUUUAAUCAACGUUUGUUAGGACACGGUGUCUAUUAGCGAUAUAUUCUAUUGAGAGUUUUAUCUGAGAGUUGCGUAUUUAUAUUAAUAUAAACAAUAUAUAUUAUAUGUAAUGUGAACUGGUGAAAAUUGAGUGGUAAUAAUAAUAAUAAUAAUAAUAUUAAUAAUGAAAAAUGACGUUACAUUGUAUUUAUGGAUACUCGCGAUAUAAAUCGAGUUCGAGUCUUGUUACGCGACAGUUUAAAUACUCGCGCAAUAAUACCAGAGUUUAUUAAUUGUAUAACAAAUCACGAGAUAUAUAAUGCUAGAUUAUUUAUUGUUUCAAGUAAUGUUAAAUGUGUCCGUUUAGUUUUUUCAAUCCGACGUCGUCAAUUUAAUAAUCAUCUUUCAUCUUUUAUUAUUUUUAUUUUUUCCUUCACAGCGACUGCAUGACCUCGUAUUUCUUGUCAAGAGAUUGACAGAAUGGGUUUUAAAAAAAUUCUUGCCUUCGACCUAACAUUAACGGUUACUUCGUUAUUUUACUUUAUAAUAUAAUAAUAAUAAUAAUAAUAACAACAAUAUCAAUGUACUUUUUAUUUUAUUCUAGUUAUUUAAUUUAACGUUCAAUUUGCUGUUAAUUGUUUGAUAGUUUAUUUAUUAAAAGUAAAUUACCGAUGAAGGAUAAUUAAUUAAAAAAAUAUAUAUUUUUCAAUGAUAUCAAUUACUUUCAAUCUUGCCAACCGGAACAUAAAUUUUUUUUUAAAUUAAUGAAUUAGCUACCGAUUGAUUGGAUACCGGACUUUGAAGUGUCGAGAUUUAAUUCAACUUGAACCAGUUUCAAAAGUCUUGCGCUCUUUUCGAUCAGUUUCAAGUAUAUUUUCCGAGAUUUGAAUUUCAAAGAGUUUAAUAAAAUCUGUAUAUAUACAACAAUAUUUAUAUUUAUAUUUAUCUUAAAUGUAUGAGUUAGCUGUCUAUUGAAGCAAAUCCUUUUAUCAAAUUGAAGAUUAUUUAUAUACUCGAGUAUGAUCAUAUUCAUAUACACAGACAUUUUUUCUUCUAUAUAUGUAUAUUUACGUGGAUAUACACGUCUAUUAAAAGACAAUUGUUUAGUUUACCUAAUAAAAAGUAUGAGAGGUAUAUAUGGAACCAUCAACUAUGAUAUAAAGGACUUUAUUCACGAUCAUGAAUUACUUAUAUUACGGCUCGUCAUGUCUUUCACUACAUUAUAAUGCGAUCAAUAUUCGUGAUUAAAUUAUUAUACAUUGUUCGUUGUAAAGAUAUAUACGUACUAUAUUAUGAUAUGAUGAAAACAUUUUAUUUCCAUCAACAGGAAAUAAUGUUACGAUAUGAUAUUGAAAACGUAAUCUUGUAAUUAAAUGUUUAUGUAUUUUUUUUUUCAAUCGAACUUAAUCUCAAACUGGUUACUUUGUGAGUGAAGAAUUUUUUUGAAAAAAAAAUUUUUGUUAUUUAGUUAAUAUUUUUUUAAAAAUUAAUUGAGUGAUAAAAAAAAAAUUUACAAUUUUUGUCAGCAUAUUUUUAAUAAAAAAUGUAUUAAUUGUUGUUUUUAAUAAUAUUAAAUUUAUCAAAAAUUUAAUUUAAAAAAAUAAAUAAUUAAAAAUUUUGACUUUAUGCAAGAUUGUAUUAAACAAAAAUUCAAAGAUUUUUGAGCCGCUUGGAAUAGUCUAACCGUUAGCAUUAGAGCUUGAAAGACAAAAUGGCGGUCAUUCCUCACAAAGUGACCGUAAAAAAGUUUAUUUAUUACCUCGUAUUUUGAAUACUUAAAGCGAAUUUGGAGUUCAAAAGUCCUACACAAAAUAAAAAUACAUAUCUUUAAUUAAUUUAACUAUUUAUAAUUGUAUUUACAUUAAUAUGCGUUAGAUUACAAAUUUUUUUGAGAAAUUUAAGCUUUUUAUUUCAAGUACAAAAAAAAUAAAUAAAUAAAUACUACAGAGUCUAUCAAUCCCUCCAAAUAUAUAUUUCAUCUUCUACCUAUAUACAUAUAUAUAAAUGUAUUUUUCUAGAAAAAUGACAACAAUAUAUAAUACUUACAUGAUACAUAUAUGAAAAAAAAAAAAAAAAAAACACAAGGCACACAUGACAAGGGAUAUUGCUAAGCCGGAAAAUGAAAGUGGCUACAAAAAGUUAAUGCAAGAAAGUGAGAGAUAACCUUGAAGAUAAUGAAAUGAGAAAAAUUGAGCGGAUUAUUGAAUCAAAUAAUAAUAACAAUAAUAAUGAUGAAAAAAGUAAUCACAAUAAAAAGAGCAGAAGGAAAAGAAUAAAUGAAUUUUUUUCCAUCGGAUUUCCCCUACACCGUCUCUAUCAUUUGUCAGAAGACAAAUCCCUCGUUAAGCGGCGGAAUAAUGAUUAGAAAAAAAGUGUAGGAGGAAGAAGGGAUGGAGUUACCACCGUUGAGCAAUUAUCGACAGUUAAACCAAUCAUUACCGGGGGUAAAUUAAAAAUAUUUUAAUCAAAUAAUUUUCUCAUUUUAUCAUUUUUUAUUAUAAUAGUAAAAUCUAACUAUUAUUUUUUUUUGAGUUAUUAUUUAUCGACUCUUUCCCUCAUUCUCUCACCCUCUCGCUCUUUGUCAUCUUGGUCACAAUGGCGUAAUAUCUUCACCCAGAAAACAAUAUUGUCCGCGGUCCAGAUAUUACUCAGUGAUGCGCUUGACAUCACACAUGUGUAUUUAUUAAAUAAAAAAAAAAAUAAAAAAUAAAAAAUGACUAAAAAAAUAUUGAAAAUCAAUAAUAAAUGUGUUUAAAUAAUAUCUUUCA